AUGUCCAUCCUUGUGCGCCCGCCCAAGCGCAAAUUGCACGAGGCUGAGGUCGAUCGCGAUGAGGAGCCCCGGAAGUAUGGCUCCGGUGCGAUAACAUCCUGGCCGUCGGCAGUCAGGUCGCAGCCUAGUUCGCGACGUGCCAGUGAGCAAGUAGAGUCAAACGGCGACUCUCACACGCUGGCGGCGUCGUGGCGGGAGCUGCACUCCAACCGCGGCUCUCCGGUUCCCUUCGACAAUGGACCCUUGCAGACCUCACGCAACUUCACCCCACAGUCAUCAGUCGUUCUCAUCGGCAUUCGAGGUACCGGAAAGUCGAGCCUGGCAGUUAUUCUUGCGGCAACCUCUGGCCGACGCUUGAUCGAUUCGGACCGAUACUUCCACCAGGUGACCGGAUGCUCCCGCGCCGCGUUCAAGAAGGACAACGACCACGACGUGUACCGACGAAAGGAAGCGCUGGUAUUCGAGUCAAUGUUGACCGAUAACAAGGAGGGAUGCGUGAUUGCAUGCGGAGCAGGAUCAAUGGAGCGCAGUGGCCAGAGGCUGCUGAGGGAAUAUGCGCAGACACAUCCCGUCAUUCAAGUCAUUCGGGAACCGGAUAGCAUCCAAUCAUAUCUCAAGGCCUGGGAUAUCCAAAAGGUGCGACACUUCCUCGAGCUGUCUGGUCCGAUAUAUCGAAGCUGUUCGAAUCUGGAGUACUUUAAUCUCUCUGAGACUACCCAUCGCGGCGGCGAAUAUACGCCGAAAGGUGGCCAUGAUCCAUCGCCGGGGCCCAAACUGGACCAGCGCGCUCAAACACCGACGCCCUUCUUAACACUAAAAAGGGUUCAACGCGACUUCCUUAGCUUCGUCGCUUUCGUGACUGGCGAUCGCAAAGAGAUGAGCCGCCAGCAUGCUUCCUUCCCACUAUCAUUAUUGCCCGUCGAGACUCGGCGAAACACGUCGGCGCUUUCGGUUCCUUUCUCAGCACUCUGUGAUCGAGAGCUGGACAUCGAGGAGCUUGAGUUCACUGUGGACGCGUUCGAGAUAGCCAUAGACGUUACAAGCCCUUCAGACCAGCUGGGCGCCGAUUCGAACCUGGCCGAUAGGAUCAGCCAAGUGGUGGCAACUAUCCGGCGGAACAUCAUCGUUCCUUUGAUGUACCACGUUGAGAGCUAUAUCACACCCAGAGGGUCUCUUUCGCCAGACCAGAAAACUCGCAUCAGCGAUGAGGCUUAUUUAAAUCUCGUUCAACAUGGGUUACGACUUGGCCCCAGCCUCCUGUCUGUUGACUUAGCUCGUGAUGAUUCUCUCCUGUCCCAAGUUAUCAGUUGCAGGGGAACUACCAAGAUUAUUGGCCAUUUUGAGGCUUUCCAUCCUUUGUCUGGUGGCUGGGACGGUCCUGAAUACAUGAAAGUCUACGAGCGAGCAAAAAGGCUCGGGUGCAAUGUAGUGCGAAUCUGCCAGCCAGCCGAAACGAUAGAAGACAAUCUGGCCGUGCAGCGAUUCCGACACCGCAUUGAAAGUCUUCCGGUGGCUGGGCUGCCGCUCAUCGCCUACAAUACUGGGCAUCUCGGACGCAUGUCCCGCUGCUUUAAUCCCAUUCUAACUCCCGUCACACAUCCAUCCCUCACACCCGAAAAUCCAACCCAACUAUGCCCUACCAUCACUGCUCGCGACACUCAACAAGCGCUCUACAGUUCCUUUGCAUUGGAUCCGAUGCAGUUCUUCCUCUUCGGUGCCAAUGUCAACUACAGUAUGUCGCCCGCAAUGCACAACACCGCAUUCAAGGCCUGUGGGUUGCCACAUCGUUACACCAUCUUCCAAUGCUCGACCCUUCGCGGCUUGAACGAGCUUGUGGAAAACCCGUAUUUUGGCGGUUCAAGUGUCAGUCUUCCUUAUAAAACGGAAGUGAUACCCCUGCUUCAUUCCAUGUCACCGCAUGCUCGAGCAAUUGGUGCCGUCAACACUCUCAUACCAAUCCGGAACAAUGACGGUGCUGAUCCUCGCCUCUCGCAAGAAUCUUCUAUCCACCUCGAGAAGACCCGUGCUGGGCCGGUCAAGGGAUUGCAUGGAGACAACACUGAUUGGAUCGGAAUCUGCAAUUGCAUUCGCCGUGGUCUCUCGCCAGCAAACGCCGUACGCCCCUCAACCACCGGCCUAGUUAUUGGAUCUGGUGGUAUGGCGCGGGCCGCUAUUUACUCCAUGAUCCAUCUCGGUGUGCAAAAUAUCUUUGUCUACAACCGCACGAUCGCAAAUGCAGAGAGACUUGCUCAUCACUACAACCGGCAAGACUUGGUUUCCAACGAACGAAGUCCGGAUAGACGUCCAAGAGUCAGCACACUUAAUUCGUUGAAUGACCCUUGGCCCGCCGAUUACAAGCCACCAACGAUUAUAGUGUCCGGUAUUCCAGCUCAUAGCAUCGGUGGUGAGCCCGCACCCAACUUCAACGUACCAUCUCAAUGGCUCGAAAGCCCGACCGGUGGUGUUGUUGUCGAUCUGGCCUAUAAACCUCUGAACACCCCCCUCAUGAAACAGAUGCGAGCCCUGUCACACCGUGGUUGGGUAGCACUUGACGGCCUGGACGUUCUUCCCGAGCAAGGCUUCGCCCAAUUCGAGCUUUUUACAGGGCGCCGUGCACCCCGCCGGCUUAUGCGCACCAUCGUUUUGCAGGAGUACGAGGACGACGAGGUACACGAUGAUCGCAAUGCCAUCCAGAGCAGGCUACAGAACCUUGAUGGCCAGCCCACCUGA